AAUGUCUGAGAAUUUGUUCCUUACGGAAUCGAUAGUAGAGAAGAUUUUAGAUGCAUCAGUAGAUAUACCCGUUGCAGCAUAUUGCCUACCCAAAACAGGGAUAUUAAACUUUUGUGCAUCAGCUGAUGUAUCAUUGGAAAUAACAAACAAAGCGAUAAAGAAAUUUUGUUCCUUAGCAGGCAACGACUACAUUUGCUCAAUUCUUAAUGUUAACAUAAAGGAUUAUUCAAUGUUGAUAAAAUAUCGUAAAUGUUUCGAAUGUUGCAAAAAGAAAUUAAUAUGGCCUUUAAUUACGAAGUAUUUAGAUUGCCAUAAAAUAGAUGCAGUAUCCGGUAUAUUUGGAGAUGACCAUUUGUCAUCUCUAUCUUAUAAUACAUUGAUAUAUUGCAUUGAAAAUAACUACAUCGAUCAUUUUCUUCAUUUAUGGAAAUGGUUCCUUUUACAGAGAAACUUUGAAAUAAAUAACAAAGUCUUAGCUUUUUUAUUAGCCAGAGGUGUCACUGAUGAACUCAAACUAAUUAUAGUCAUGCUUGAUUGGCUAAAGAAUAAAAUAAGAUUCAGUUCCCAUUGGAGAAGUAAGAGAAGAUAUGAUAUUCAAUUUUACUCUGAGAGGAAUGUUACUUGGCAACAUAUUGAGAAAUUCAUGGAAUUGUACGGAAGUAUCAGAGAUAGUAAUAGCGAAAAAUUACUCUUUGAUUGUUAUAAAAAUGGUAAUUCGAAUGUUUUUUUUAAAUUACUUGACGAGAAACCAGAUUUAAAGAAUUACAUUCCAUCCAAUAACGAAGCUUUCCAUUUAAUUGAAACAUCAGAGGAGAUUCGCGAUUACUUUAUUCAAAAGAACCCGUAUAUUCUACAGGAACUUCACGAUUAUAUAAUGGAGAUAUCUGAUGAGAAUUUAUAUUGUGGAAUUUGGAGCGUAGAUUUUGCUAAUUUAUUCAAAGUUCAAAUGCUAUCUGACUUUUUUGUUGAGAAGCAAACUUUAAAAAAAGUCUAUAGUCUGUGGUUAAAUAAGGCUUGGUGUGCGUCCGUCUACGUUGUUGUGCCAAAUACUGUACAACAUCAGAGAAAGACAGUUUAUGAUAUUGUUAGAUUUUUCAAUAAGCAUAAAAUGCCCCUAAAGAAACUGGGAAAUCAGUUUUGCUAUCGAAUAUUUAGAGCCAUUACUGAAAAAAUGACUAAUUUCAUAGAAGAGGCGUAUUGGGUCUUGCCUAUGCUUCUACAAAAUGGAUUCGUAUUCACUGGCAAAACUCCCGGCAGUUUUGAACUCGCAGCUUUGGAUGAAAAUUGUAGGAGACUACUUAAGGUUUUAUUUUUAACAUCUAGUCAGAAAUGUACAUUCUCAAGUUGUCUUCUUGACGAAAUUGACCUUUGUUCAAAACCAAGAACUCUAGUCAACCUGGCAGUCACUACUCUUCGAGAAAAUAGGCGGGAAAAUAUUGAAAAUUUUAUCUCAGGUUUGCGACUCCCUCAACCUAUGCAGAGUCUAAUUCUUCUAGAAGAUGUACUUCAAGUACUAGGCGUCAUGUCAAAGAUAGAGAUACCGGAGAGCAAAGACGACUUAUAUACGGAACAUACAGAAAAUUGUCUUGUUAAAAAUAUAAUGGUCAAGGACUUGGCGGCAGACUAUUUGAAGGAAGUUGAUGUUUUAAAUCCUAUUCCGGUGCAUUGA